CUGGGCGGUUGUCGUAUUCGUGAUUAUUCGCGUAUUGAAAUAAAUAAAUGAUAUCUUAUUCAUGGAUCUCAUAUAUUCAGUUGGAACUACUCCAAUUAGUUCUCGCAAGAGCAAGAAUGCAGCAAAUGUUGAAAGAGCACUGGGUGCAGAGAACCUGUGUCAGAUCUCGUCUGGCAAUGUGAUAGCGUUCAGCGCCAGCGGCGGCCCGGAGGAGGGCCUGAACGUGGCGGCCCGUGGCUACCACGUGUUCGUGGCCGACCUCAACACCCCGUGGGAUAUACACUUAGUGUGGAGCGGCAGCUCGCCGGUCACCUGUCUGGAGUGGGACGCGGCCGGCACGCGGCUCCUGCUCGGACACGCCGACGGCUUGCUGCAGCUGCUCCAGAGUCCGGCUCACGUCAUCAACAGCUGGCACUGCCUGCACUCGGUCCGCGCCGACAACGAGCACAUCGUACAGGCCAUCUUCUUCCACAACGGCAAAAAGAUCUCAAUAGCCUCGGAGAAGAAGGACAGUUUUCUGUACAACGAUAAGUUCCAGAACACCUUGUUUUGCCCGACCCUGCGCCAUUUCGGCGGCCGCCCGACGGAUGGGUUCAUCGGACUGACGUCAUCAGGUCUUUUGGCUGUGUGCGCGCUCAACGGUAAUGGGUCGGAAGCAACCUUCAAGAAGUUCGAACUGUCGAAGCGCCGUAGCUUUGUGAAGUUUGCCAGCAUGGCGUAUUCCAAAAACGGCGACGUGCUGGUGGCGUGCUCGGCCGGUCUGCCGGACGCGCCCGUCACCUGCCACCAGGUGUCGCUGCGCCAGACGCUCUCGGAACUGUGUGCCGACGUGCAGCAGCUGUCCAGCGUGUACCUGGACUGCGGCGCCCAGGCCGACUCGGGCAUGCAGGCGGUGGCCUGUGUGCGCCACCUGCACAAGGAGGACGCCAGCCAGCUGCUGGUGGCCGCAGCCGGAGACGGCGGCGGCGUGCUGGAGCUCUGGCAGCUCGGCGAGGUGCCCGUCAGCUUCGGACAGAUCUUCAAACACUUCUCCGGCUCAGAACCGCGCGUGCAGACGUGGCUCAAGUCGGCGUCCUACCAGUCGCAGCGGCCGCUCUCCUCUGUGGGCACGGCUCGGGUGUGUCUGCAGGACGGCGGUCUGCCGGCGCCGCCCAUCGUGGCCACGACGGCCGACGGCGGCAUCGUCAGCCUGCACCGUGACACCAUGUCGCAGAUGGCGAUGGGGUGCGCGGAGCCGGCGCCGCGGCCGGCCGGCGAGCCGCCGCUGAAGCUGGCCCGCUCGGCGGCGGCGGCGGCGGCGGCGGCGGCCGACGCCGGGGUGCGUCUGACGGACGUGGCGCUCACCUCUGCUGGGCACCUGGCGGCGGCUGUGGACGACCGCGGACAGCUCUACCUGUACAGGGUGGGCGCCGCCGCCGACCCAGGCGGCCUGUCGGUGGUCUCGUCGCUGGUCCUGCAGCUGGAGUACUACAUGGUGACCGGCCUGGACGUGUGGGACCUGCUGGUCGGACUGCGCUUCCACCUGUCGGGCGGCCUGGAGUCGGUCUGCGAGACUCUGGCCGACACGUUUCACCGCCAGCCGGGGCCCGUGCAGCAGUACUACUACGUCCGACAUAUGGCCAUCAAAACGUCACUCUACAGGCUGCUGCCGUCGGGCAGUCGGCGCGUCACCGACAACAACGCGCUGCUGAUGCUGCGCUGUGUGGCCUCGGCGUUCCGCGCUUUGCUGCGGCCCACCGAGUCGUCCCUGUCCACCUCGGGCGGCGACGGCGAGCCCAGCGAGUCGCUGACGGCCUUCAUGGCCAGCAACCUGGCCACCGAAAUCGACAAGGUACUGCUGGCGCACCCGAAGGAGGGCGACCCGGGCUCGGCGGACGCGGCCUCGCUGGCGCAGCUGCAGCACCUGGCCCAGUGGGUGGCCGACCUCUGUCUGCAAAGCAUCGCCGCGCUCACCGACGGACGGCACAAACAGGUGGCGGUGCUGCGGGAGCGGCAGAGCCUGCUGCUGCUGCGCGAGCUGCUGGUGAUGAUCCGGCGGUGGGGCGCCGUGCGGCCCGCCUGUCUGCCCGUGUUCCACCGCGGCGGCGAGCACACGGAUGUGAUCGCGCUCCUCUUCAAACUGCUCACCAAACUGCUGGGCAUGCACUCGGCCGAGCCGGACGAGGCGCUUAUCAACGAGUUUUCGCUGCUGCCAUCUCCGGGCCUGGCCGAGCACUGGUCUCUAGACCUGCCGGCGCGUGGCGUACUGGCCGUCAGCGCCACCGGUGCCAGCACCGCCGUCAGACACUACUGUUUUUACGACUCGGAGGGCGCCGAGAGUCCCACCAGCCACCGGCGACACCAGGAUAAUUACACGGUGGACGCUCUGCGCUACCUGCGCCUGGGCGCGCGGCCCAGCAGUCUCAAACAGUGCACCAGGUGUCUGGCCGUCACGUCGGCUCGCUCGUCGGAGCAGCUCUCGCAGGUGAAGAGCACACCAGUGACGCGCGCCUGGGACCAGCGCUGGACGCGCGCCUGCCUCUGCGGCGGCCAUUGGGCGCUGCAGGGACCCCGGCUCACGGGCCGCGCCCGCGCCGCCUGAGACUGCGUCCCCAUCCCAAUACAGACAAAACCGAGGCGCAUCAGCACGGCAAAGGUGAAGUGUUGCGAUGUAGCCGCCACCGUGUAUGUAAAGCAGUCUUGCGGACUUGCUGUUUAUUUGUCCAUUGUGUAUUUAAUGUAUGCAGCGAUUGUUGAAAUGAU